AUGGUAUUUGCUAAGGAUGAAGUUGAUUACUCUUUAUAUCUGGUGACAGAUUCCACCAUGCUUCCACCGGGAACUACUUUGUGUUCUCAGGUUGAAGCUGGGUUGAAAAAUGGUGUGACACUAGUUCAAAUUCGUGAAAAGGAUACUGAGACGAAGAAUUUCAUCGAAGAGGCUUUGGAAGUACAAAAGCUAUGUAAGAAAUAUAAUGUUCCACUAAUCAUCAAUGACCGUAUAGAUGUCGCUAUGGCAAUUGAUGCUGAUGGGGUACAUGUGGGCCAGCAGGACAUGCCAAUCCCAAUGGUAAGAAAACUUUUGGGUCCUUCCAAAAUUCUUGGAUGGAGUGUCGGUAAGCCUUCUGAAGUAGAGACGUUGGCUAAAUGGGGGCCAGAUAUGGUAGAUUAUAUUGGUGUUGGCACCAUUUUUCCAACAUUGACAAAGAAGAACCCUAAAAAAUCACCCAUGGGUCCUCAAGGUGCGAUUGCUGUUUUGGAUGCGUUGGAGGAGUUCAAAGCUACAUGGUGUAGAACGGUUGGUAUUGGUGGUCUUCAUCCUGAUAAUAUUCAGCGUGUUCUUUGCCAAUGCGUUUCUUCAAAUGGGAAGAGAUCGUUGGACGGUAUCUCAUUGGUCAGCGAUAUCAUGGCCGCCCCAAACGCCUGUGCAGCAACUAAGAGGUUAAGAGGGUUGUUAGAUGGAAACAAGUACCAAUUUGUUGAGUUUAAGUUAAAUAAUGCAUUUCCUACGACAGCUUCCAUUCAAAGCGUUAUCUCUCAAGUCUCAAGCAAUCGUCCGCUAGUGCAACAUAUUACCAAUAAGGUUCACCAAAAUUUUGGUGCCAAUGUCACUCUAGCCUUAGGCUCAUCCCCUAUCAUGUCUGAAAUCGAAAGUGAAGUAUCUGAACUAGCAAGCAUUCCGAAUUCUUCUUUACUAUUGAAUACUGGAUCAGUGGCUCCUAUUGAGAUGCUAAAAGCUGCAAUUAAUGCCUAUAAUGAAGUUAGCAGACCCAUCACCUUUGAUCCGGUUGGGUACAGUGCCACUGAAACAAGGCUCUGCUUGAACAACACUUUACUCACUUAUGGCCAAUUUGCUUGUAUAAAGGGUAAUUGCAGUGAAAUACUGUCCCUAGCCAAAUUGAAUAAGCAUAAAAUGAAGGGCGUCGACUCCAGCAGCGGAAAAAUUGACAUCGACAUGCUUGCGCGCGCAACUCAAAUCGUGGCAUUCCAAUACAGGACUGUUGCUGUUUGUACGGGUGAGUUUGAUUGUGUUGCUGAUGGCACUUUUGGCGGUGAUUACAAGCUCUCAUCAGGAACAGAAGGUAUUACCGCUGAAGAUCUUCCAUGCGUAAUAAUUGAAGAUGGUCCAAUUCCUAUCAUGGGUGACAUAACUGCAAGUGGAUGUUCGCUUGGCUCUACAAUUGCUUCUUUUAUUGGUGGGUUAGAUUCUACUGGAAAUCUGUUUGAUGCUGUGGUUGGUGCUGUCCUAUUAUACAAAUCGGCUGGUAAACUGGCUUCAACCCGUUGCCAAGGAAGUGGUUCGUUCCAUGUCCAAUUGAUCGACGCAUUAUACCAGUUAUUCCAUGAAAAUAAACCAGAAAACUGGUCCGCUUCUUUGAAGAAAUUCAAAUAA